GGCGGGGGCCGGCGGCUCAGGGAGCGGGCUCGACGCCGCCCCAUCGCCCUGCGCGCCACCCGCGACCCGCGGCCCCGCGCGUGGCACGCGCCCGAAGGCCGCGGCGGAGACGCCGGAGACGCGGCGGGUGGAGCCCCGCUGGCCUCCGAGUCCUAUAAACUGCUUGAGGUCAAACUCCAGAAGUCUGAACCAGUCUGGCUAAGUAAAGUCUCACUGAACCGAGCUUCAUUCUUGUCUCUCUUUGGAUCAUUUCUCUGCCAACAGAGGACUUUGCAAGGAUACCCAUAUAGAGCAACUUGGAUUCUUGGUAAGAAUAUAGGAAUUCAGCUCAAAAAUAUGACACAACUUCAGAUGAAUGCUACAGUGAUGAAAUAUGAGUGCAACAAAGGAAAUCUGCAGAUCAUACAACAAUUUCUGACUAAUUCCUGAGCCAACUGACUUGUCUGGCCUGUUUUGCCCUGUAUUUACUUUCUGAGUUGGGGAUAUAGUUCAGUUGAUAAUGUCCUUGGCCUGCAACCAUGAAGAUCUGAGUUAGAACACCAGAACCCGGGUACACAAGAAAAAGUCAAGCUGGUAACCCGAUCACUGGAGAGCGAGAGAGGGGAAGAUUUUCUGGGGCUUGAUGCUCAGUGAGUAUUAAUUGAGUUAAAUAUGUCGAGACGGGAGUGUGGUUUGGAAAGUGGAGCAGCAGACCUGCAGGCGGCACACGCAGGUCACUCUGCACAGGCCCCGACCGGCCGUUGCUGUCUGGGUGGUGCUGGCCCAGAGGCAGUUAGUGGAGCUCACCGGAGUUCCAGCAAAAGCACCACGCCUUUUACAGAAAGGCCGGGAAUCCGACGUCACAGAUUCGCCCUCACCGUGCCUUUCCCGACUUGUCUGGAGGCAGAAAUCGCCUGUGGAUCCUUAGCUCCUGAUGUGGAACCACACCAACGACUGGUAGGGAAGGAGCUUAAAGCGAGCGGCAGCUUGCUGGAGGUGCGCUGGAGCGCAGAAGACCCUCGGCUGCUCCGGACCUCCGUGGUCAACUUUCUGGACCAGCUUUCUCUGGUGGUGAACACCAUACAGCGCUUUGGGCCUCCUCUUUCCCGUUAAGCCUGGCUGAAAAAAAAAAGAUUCCAGAAAUAGCAGCUGCUACCUAACUGAAGGGGCCUGCCUAAUUUUUUUUUUCUUGCCUGAUUUGGUUCUCAGGUACUUAGGGGCCAUUUGGUUUGAUGCUUAAGAAAAUAAGCUCUUUGUUGCUGAAGAAAAUAAAGCUGUGCCUCUAAUCUGAAAAAAUAAAGGAAUAAAGUAAAUAUGUGAAUUAAAAUUUUUUCCAAACUAGUGGUAAAAGUAAACCUUUCCCUCACACCCCAAAGUCCUACUUUUCUAUAAGAAGUAAUCACUGUUUUCUUUAUCAGAGCCUUAUCAAUUUUUCAAGUUUCUGAGCACGUUUAUCACGGAGGACGUCAUAAUGCAGCACUCCUCCACAUCUUGUUUUGUUUUGUUUUGUUUUGUUUAAAUUUAAAGCAGGCAUCUCUCAUACAAUAUAAUAUACAAAUUUAUUCUGUCAUUUUAACAUCUGAAUAAAUGACAGCCAUUUUCAUGGCUGUAGCACUUUUGUGAGACCCUAUUUAAAUCUAUUUAUGAUUUCUGUUACCUAAGUAUUAAUGCUUUAUACAUUUGGCAAGAAUGUAUAUGUAGGAUUAAUU